AUGCGUCAGAAAUACAUAGACGCCAUGACAUUAGUGCAAAAAUUUGGAAAACCCGAUAUAUUUUUGACAAUGACAUGUAACCCAAAUUGGCCAGAAAUCAAAGACCUUUUGAUACCGCAAGAAGAAUCACAGAAUCGAGCAGAUCUGGUGGUAAGAGCUUUCCAUGCAAGGCUUGAAUUGCUGAAAGAAGACCUGUUUAAGAAACAUAUAUUCGGUGAAGUAGCAACCUACACUUAUGUUAUAGAAUUUCAAAAGAGAGGUCUUCCACACGCACAUUUUCUCAUUAUAUUGAAAUCUCACUGCAAGAUGUAUAGGCCAGAAGAAUAUGAUGAGAUUGUGUCGACAGAAAUACCAAAUGAGAAGGAUAACCCUCACUUGUAUAAAAUGGUUGUCAAGCACAUGCUUCAUGGCCCGUGUGGUAUACUGAACGUUGAUAAUGUUUGUAUGAAAAAGAAUGGUACUUGCAAAAACUCAUACCCGAGGCCUUAUUCUAAUGAGACCACUCAAACAUCUGAUGCAUACCCGAUCUACCGGAGGCGAAAAAAUGGGGUGACAGUCAAAGUUAGGAAAGCUACACUUGAUAACCGAUGGGUGAUACCAUACAAUCCCUACUUGCUAGCAAAGUUUGAUUGUCAUAUCAACGUAGAAAUAUGCUCGACAAUAAAGGCAGUCAAAUAUAUAUAUAAGUACAUAUGUAAAGGUUGUGAUAGAAUAAGUUUUGCUGUGUCAUCGAAUAAUGAUUCCACGCUGAUAGAUGAAAUAUACCAAUAUCAGUCAGGGAGAUGGGUUUCGGCUCCAGAAGCAACAUGGAGGUUCUACAGGUUCGCAAUGAGUGAGAUAAAACCUGCUGUUAUACAUUUGCAGCUGCAUUUAGAGAAUUAUCAGCCAUUGACUUUUAAAAAAAAAAAAAAAGCUAAAAAUGUGUUGAAUAAUCCAGUCCAGAGAAAGACUAUGCUUACUGAAUUUUUUUUUAUGAAUAGAACUGACAAGUUGGCCCAAGACUUGGACUUGACCUACUCUGAGUUCCCAGAUCAUUUUGUUUGGCUGCAAGGGGACAGAUUUUGGAAACAUAGAGACCUAGGGAUUCUGUAG